AUGGCUCCAUUAGCCCAAUCCCCAGUUGCUGUUCUUCGUGAGAGACUCAACACUUCCAAACCAGCGAUUGCCAUGGCCGCUCACAAUCCAUUGGCCUCCAAGCUCGCUGAAGAGGCGGGGUUUGGCGCUAUCUGGGUCAGCGGAUUUGAGCUAGCAGCUUCAUAUGCUGUUCCAGAUGCCAGCAUCUUGCCAAUGAGCGCAAUUCUUGAAACAUCACGCUCUAUGGCCGAAGUCCAAAGCCUGCCUCUCAUUGUUGAUCUCGAUACCGGAUUUGGUAAUGCGGUUAAUGUUGCCUAUGCCGUUCCGCGCUUCGCAGCGGCAGGGGCAGCAGCUGUGGUACUUGAAGACAAGACGUUCCCAAAGGAUAGCAGUUUGCGUUCUCAUGGCCGCCAUUCUCUGGUCUCGGUUGAAGAGUUUCAGGGAAAGAUAGCGGCCGCCAAAACUGCUAGCUCCAUCCUGGUCAUCGCACGGACAGAGGCUUUGAUUGCUGGUUUAGGUCAAGACGAGGCAAUCAAGCGCGCCACCGCCUACGCGGAGGCUGGGGCCGAUGCAAUACUAGUCCACAGCAAGCAGAAGACGCCGGAUGAAAUCUUGUCCUUCUGUCGAUCCUGGUCUGGCCUUGUACCGCUAGUAAUAGUACCAACGAGUUAUCCGCAGCUCUCUUUCGGUGAACUGGCGAGACUCCGCAAAAUUGGCCUAAUUAUAUGUGGAAAUCAUGCUAUUCGAGCAGCUGUGGCUUCGAUGAGACGAACUUUCAGUAGGAUUUUAAAAGAUGGGGGUAUUGCUGGCGUCGAGAAGGAGAUAGCGUCCGUGUCUGACAUUUUCGCGCUUCAGGGAGACGAUUUUAUGCGUGCUCUUGAAAAGACCUAUCUCCAUUAG